AUGAAGGUCGCCUUCAAGACGCUCAAGGGCUCCAUGUUCCACGUCGACGCCGCGCCCGACAUGCUCGUCUCGCGGGUCAAGGAGCUGGUUGCCGCAUCGGAGCACGGCACCAAGGACGGCUGGGAGGCGGAGGGCAUCAAGCUCAUCUUCCAAGGCAAGGUGCUCGACGGCGGCCGCGACCUCGCCUC